UAGAAUCAUAUGAUUGUCGAGGGCGUAGCAUUGUUAAAUCUAUCUGUGAAGAAGUAUUAGUGUAAUCGUUGUGAGGUUACUUUGCCAAAGAGCAAAGUAACAAAUUUAUUAAUAAAAUGAAAGUAUGUGGUCCAAAAUAUGCCCUAUGUGGCUUAGUACUUUCUGUAUGGGGUAUAUUUCAAUUGGUCCUGAUGGGAAUAUUUUUUUAUAUAAAGAGCGUAGCUCUGGUUGAAGACCUAAACUUUGAAAAAACUUAUUUUUCUAAUCAAAAUGAAUUCUAUAUAGAAGCUGAAAGGAGCUAUACGCAAAAUGCAUACAAUUGCUGGAUUGCAGCAUGUAUUUAUGUUCUUACAUUCUUAUUCUCCGGAUAUCAAUUUUAUUUAAAUUCGAGAUCGUCUCUUAGCGUUUAAUAAUAAUAAAAAUAUAUUUCUCAUAUAUUGUAAAUGAAUUAACAAUGCUGUUAUAGAAUAAUAUAAUGUACUUGUAUCAAGUGAUUUAUUAUCCAGAUUAUUAUAUUAUGUAUAUUCUAUUUAAAAAAAACAAACAAGAAAGAAAUCUAAA